UAUAUAUAUAUAUAUAUAUAUAUGUAUAUAUAUGUAUAUAUGUAUGUAUUGGUUCAGUAUUUAUUGUCUGUACAAUUCUUUCUUUCUUUACUUGGAAAUUUCAGUUUUUUUUGUAUUUUUUUGUUUUUUAUUUGAUAAAAUUUGAGCCACCAACGGUUGAAUUAAUAACUUCUAUGACUUAUUACAGAUGCGAAGUACUAAAGUAUUUCAUUCUGCUUUUUAUUUAUUACACCUCAUGUUUUUUUUAGAAUAUUUUUUGUGGUUUAAAUCUGCUCUUGGGUUAUUCUGGCAGUGGCAUAAAUUAGUUUCAGUAUUAUCAGUUAUCUUCUAUAAUUUCUUCAGCAAUAUAUCAUGUUUCAAAAUUUGUUAUCGUGACAGGCCUAUUUGCUGUAGUAGCUUGGUCACUCUUGCAGUUUAAUAGGAGCAUAUGCGUCACUAGCCACUUGGUGCUUUUGUGUGGUGCGUGUGGUCCAGAGUGACUUGGGUUGCGCUAAAUUGAGAUGACCGCAGACCCUGGCCUGUGCUAUUGUUUGUGUAUCUUUUUACAGCUUUAAUGGCACUUAGCAGACAAGCAGCUUUUCAUUGGUGGUCCGUGAUCUUUGGAGGAUUGUGGCUUUAGUCUGUGGUAGGCGAAAGCUUUACCUCUUAUAAAACCCCUAUUCUUUGUGCAAAUAUGUGUGCAAAAGCCAUGUCAUCAUAACUUGACCUUUUAUUGGUUUUAUCAUUUUACACUAAGCCUUUGACUGCUGCUUUAAUAUGCAAUGUUAAGUAUGGCUCAAAUCCUUCAAUAAGAUGGCUGGUAGAAUUUGCUUGUGCAAAAUGACAAAUUACCUCACUGAUAGGUAGGCAAUAGGCAUAUUAAGUAUAUCUAUUUGUGUUACUGACUCUAACAUUUCCGUGGUCUGUUAUUCCUCCAGAGGGUUUCAACUCAGAAUCUGUGACUCAACAUUAUAGCCAAUGCACUUUAUUCACCAGCUAGUGUUGCUUUGUGGAGGUGCAUGUCAAUGUCAGACCUCCCAACCACUGUGAUGGCUGAAAUGGAAUUCACUGUACAAAAAUGUUCCAUAUAGUUUCAAUAGCCUUAAAGCCAUAGCCUGGAACCAGCUGUUUUAAGUAACCUUCAUUUCUUUUUUUUGACAUUUUAUUUUAUUAUACACCACAAGUGCAAACCUGUGUAAAAAGAAUGUAUCGGAUGUUGUAGAUAAUUUAUUGUCUUGUUUCUCAGAUUGCAAGUGAGUUUCAUUGUGUGUUUGCAGGUUUCAAGUAUGUUUCCAUACACUGAUGGAAUUCAUUGUUGUCUAAAUAAAUAUAUUCUUGAAUCUCCAUAAAUAUGCCUGUACCAAUAAAUGUCUCUCUGAUGAGUGCAGUAUCAUUCUGUGCAAGAGCCAGACUCAUCUACGCGUGUCUGAGGAGGUUCAUUAAGUGUGUGACCUCUGAUCAAAAAAAAAAUGACUGUAAUCCCUGAUGGCAUUUUUCACAUGGACGUGCCGCAUCUCCAAGGCACGAGCACAAACGUGUGCGCGCAUGUGUGCCCCUCUCUAUCCGGAUAAACGGGGCCACAAUACAUCCAUUAACGGGGGACGACGACGUGAACGCGCGGGCUCUCUCUCUCCUGCGCGUUCCCGACUCCCGUCUCAUCCAGUGCUCGAUGCGCGCCUCCUCUCGAGUAGCCGAAGUGCAGUCGGAGCCCAGACGAGCGACAGCGGGGGACAGGGAAAGAUGGAGGGGAGGCUCGGGGAGAGACUCCUGUGGCUGACCGUGCUGUCCAGCGUUCUUUGUGUGGAUUUAGCUCUCGGCAAAUAUGUCAAAGGCAUCGUCGACACCAAAGAGGACUGGGUGUUCCUCACUCGAUUCUGCUUUCUCACGGACUUUGGACGCCUGGAUUUCCGGUUCCGAUAUCCAAAGUCCCGAUGCUGUCAAAACAUACUGCUGUAUUUCGACGACACCUCUCAAUGGCCCGCCGUGUACAAGAGGCCGGAAAAGAACUGCUACCAGAAGGAAGCUGUGUUGCGUCCGGAGAACAACCAAGUCAUCAACCUGACCACGCGCUACACGUGGUCGGGCUGCAUGGUGGAGGGAGAUGAGAAUGAGGAGGUGCUGAGUUGCGUGGGAGGCCGCAGUUUUCGCUCGGUGAGGGAGAGGUGGUGGUACAUCGCGCUGAGUAAAUGUGGGGGGGAUGGACUGCAGCUGGAGUAUGAGAUGAACCUGACCAAUGGGAAGUCUUUCUGGACCAAGCACUUCUCAGCGGAUGAGUUUGGGAUCUUGGAGACAGACAUUACCUUCUUGGUCAUUUUCUCCAUGGUGUUCUUGCUCUCCUGCUACUUUGCCUACAAUCUGAAGGGGAGACAGCUUCUUCACACCACCUACAAAAUGUUUAUGACAGCGGCAGGUGUGGAAGUGCUCAGCCUGCUGUUCCAUUGUGUCUACUGGGGCCUGUACGGGCGUGAUGGAGUUGGCAAAGGCAGCCUCAAAUUACUCGGGAAAUUACUUUUCUCUGUCAGUUUCCUGCUCUUUCUCCUCAUGCUGAUCCUGCUGGGUAAAGGCUUCACUGUCACCAGGGCGAGGAUCAGCCACAGCGGCUCGGUCAAGUUGAGUAUCUACAUGACGGUCUACACCAUCACUUACGUUAUACUGUUCAUCUAUGAAGCAGAGUUCUUUGACCCAGGAGAGGUGCUGUACGCCUACGACAGCCCGGCGGGAUAUGGCCUGAUGGGUCUGCAGCUGCUGGCCUACGUGUGGUUCUGUUAUGCGGUUCUGGUCUCACUCAAGCACUACCCCGAGAAACAGCCCUUCUAUGUGCCCUUCUUCACCACCUACACACUAUGGUUCUUUGCUGUACCGGUGAUGGCGCUGAUCGCUAACUUUGGCAUCCCGCGAUGGGCCAGGGAGAAAAUCGUCAAUGGCAUUCAGCUGGGCAUCCACCUCUACGCCCAUAUCGUCUUCCUUAUCAUAACCCGUCCAUCAGCAGCCAACAAGAACUUCCCAUACCACGUGCGGACAUCCCAAAUCGGAAUCCUGCUGUCCAGUCCAAAAGCGGGAGAAGGCGCCGAGAGUUUCCCCCAUCACGCCUACGGGAACAGCUCCUUCCUUGGCGAUUCGCAGCCCAACUUCACAGAGCUCUUUUCCAUUCAAUCAGACCCAGUGAGGACAGUUGAGGAGAUGGUGGCGCGCAAAGGACAGGAAGUACCAAGGAACAGCGAGCAGAAGAUCAUCACCACGGCAGCAGAUCUGAUCAAUACUGCCCCCGCCUCCCCCCCCAUACCCCCUCGGCCCACCGCACAACACUCCCCCCCGCUGCCCCCCCGCCUGCCUUCUUUCACCGAAUACUUCAGCAUGCAAGGUGGAGGGGGUGGAGCUUUUGGGACCAAGGCAUAAGACACACGUGAGACUGGGGAACUGGGGAAAUGCAUGGGAAAAGGUAGAAAGACUUUAUUGUGUUUUUUUAAGACACAGCCAAAUAGAUUUAGG